AUGCCGGCCAUGACAGCGCUCAAGCCCACUUCGCGAUCUGCAUCGAACACGACGCGGCCCGUCGCGAACAACGGCUCGCUCACCACAUCGGGCAGGACCCUGCGCGCCGUUCUGCGGAACGCCUCACGAGCCGCGACGACGAGCAGCUCGCUCGCAUCUUCUCAAUCGAGUGCGACCCCACUCACGUUCGACCCUUCAUCGAAGCAGCGCACUCGACUAGAGGAACUCUGGUCAGAUCCGAAGCCCUUUUUCAGCGACGGCAGGUGCGUCGUCAUCUGCGCCAAGGACCGGCUCUUUUGCAUGGUGAAGAGGCCGUUGUAUACGGCUGUGCCGGCAUUGCCGAAGGCCCUCACAGGAAAGGAGAACAUGUACAAGGGAUGCCCAGUGAUCGUGCUCGACGACUCGAGCGACGAUGUUGAGGUUUUUCUCCUCGCGCUUACCAGCGCCAGCUUCGCCGCCACCCUCUCUCGGGAGCCCCUCUCCAACGUCGAGACGUACCGCAUGUACGCGGCCAUCCUGCGCCUCAGCCACAAGUACCGCGUCGCGUCCUGGCGCAAGCGCGCGCUUCAGCGCCUUGCGUGCAUGUUCCCCAUCACCCUCGCCCGCCUCGAAGAGCUGAACGAGCCGUCCGGGGAGAAGGACCUGAAGGCCGCGUGCGCCGCCAGCCUCCUCGUCGCCGACGUCGCGCGCGCCGUCGGCGCGCUCUGGCUCCUCCCGUCCGCGACGCUCUACCGCCUCUCCUCGAUCCCAACCUCAUCGCGCAGCUGCAGCGACCCGCUGAAAGCGGAGGAGAUCCCGAUCUUCAAGAAGUUCGCGCGGUUGUGGCCGGAGUACUGCCCGCGCAUGUUCGGCCCGCUCGUCGGUUGCAAGAUAUGCGACAGGAAGCUCGCGGCCUACGGGAAGAUGAUCUCCUGGGAGCCCGGGUACUCUAUGGGUGUCCUGUUCAGGAAGACGUCCCCCGUGCAGAGCGAGUUGUGCGGGGACUGCCAGAGGCGCUUCCGGAAGCGGCAUGGCGACCUUCGGCUGCAGUGCUGGAAUUCACUGCUGGAGAUCUGUGGGUGGAAGGAGUCUUUGCCGGUGCUCGCGCGCCAGAUGCGCAAGGACACGGAGUAG